AUGGAUACCAAAUCGUCGUCUGCUCAUGAGUCGUAUCUCGUGCUGGGAGCUGGCUGCUUUGGCGCAUCCACCGCGUAUCACCUCAAGCAAACUUUGCCCGCGUCGUCCGUCACCCUUCUCGAUCGUGGCCCAUUCCCCAAUCCAUCCGCCGCGGGACACGACUUGAACAAGAUUAUCCGCGCUGACUACCAGGACAUCUUCUACAUGAAGUUGGCGCUGGAGGCCCAGCAAUACUGGAGACGAGACCCGAUAUAUCGACCAUACUACCAUGAGAGUGGUAUGCUCUACGCCGAAGACAAGGGCAUGGCGCGUGCCAACCUGGACAAUCUGAAUGCGGUCGGGGAGAAACACCAUGCAGAGAUCCUGACGCCCGAGGAGACGAGAGCUAAAUUCGACGGGGGAGAAGCGGAUCGCGCUCUAGAGAGUGUCAUUAGUGCAGCCGUGAAAGAGGGCGUCAUCUAUAAUUCUUCUGGCGUAUCUACGCUCUGCAUUGACGAAUCUGCAAUCUGCACCGGUGUUCGGACCGAGGAUGGGGCAGAGUUGAAAGCAAAUCGUGUUAUUCUCUGCACCGGAGCUUGGACGCCAAAGCUUCUUCUUGAUACAGCACCACAUAACAAAGCUCUUCACAUAGGCGAUCGCAUGGUCGCUGCUGGUGCAAUACAAUGCACUGCAUCGUAUCCUCCAGAUCAGAUGUACAAAUUCAAAAGCAUGCCAGUCAUGUUCAACGGAUGCGACCACACCGAAGGAGAAUGUAUCCCGCCCACACCCCAAAAAAUGCUUAAAUUCAACUACGAGGUCAGCUUCACCAACAAAGAAUUCCAUGAUGGCUCUGGCCAAACCAUCUCCGUCCCUCCAGCGCGGUUGGAUCAAAGCACAUGGAGCCAGGCCGUGCCACAAGGUCUCAAAAAAGACGAGAUUCACACGGUCGUGGACCAUGUGUUCGGAAAAUGGAUCGAUGGGAUCAAGAUCGAGGAUUAUAGAAUUUGCUGGGAUGCCGUAACACCGAAUCAAGACUUCAUCAUCGACCGUCACCCCAACUGCAAAAACCUCUACUUUGCAGGCGCAGGGUCCUUCCAUAGCUGGAAGUUCCUUCCCACUCUGGGCAAAUAUGUCUUGGACAUGCUGCAGGGUACAUUGGAUGCUGAGAAGGCAAGCCGCUGGGCUUGGGAUCGACCAAAUCAAGGCAGUGCACUGCCAGCAUAUGUGCCACGCCGUGACUUGAAAGAGAUUCCUGGUUACGAGGACGUUGCUAAACACUUCAAGUAG